UAUACAAUAGAGUACAAAAGUUGAUUAAGGUUCCUCUAUAAAUCGCAUAAAAUCGCAUUGCAGAUAAAGACUAAAAAAGAGAAUUGAAAAAUUAAAAAGUUUAAUUAAAAAUAAUCAUUUGUAAAACAGACUUAACAACAAUAAAAACUUAUUUUGCCACCAUUGAGACCUUAAUAUUGCUCGUUAGCUGUAAUACAACAUGUCUAAUCAAGCCGAAAUUGAUUAUGAAAAACAAUUUCAAGAAGAUUUGGCUAAAGCAACCGCCUUAAGUUUAGAGCAACAGGCCCUAGAAGAAUUUAAACGUUGCCAAAAAUACGGCAUAGCCUAUACGCAAUCUGUACAACAGGAGGCCAAAAAUCGAAACUAUGCUCAAAUUAGACGCCAACAUUUUUCACGUCGAGAUUCUGCCGAAACCUCAGUUUCCUCACAAUAUGGUAUAACAUUGCCACCGCCACAAUCGAGCCAGCCACAAAGACGUCAUUCGGAAAUAACACAUAAUGUACCACCAACUACCCUGCUAACGGAUGUAGAACGUUCAAAGACUCCACCUGCUUCUACGGCUACAGCAGAAAAUGAUUUAAUCAAUUUUGCUAGUCCCACUGCUAAGAAGCCGGAGAAUUCUUCGUUUGAACAAUUGAUAGAGGAUUUACAGAAGCUACAAGCCACAAAUCCACAAACAGCCUUAGUGCCUUUGGGUCCUACUGCAGCAGCUCCCCUAUAUCCAGGUUAUCAUGCGCCAACAACUUCUACACCAGCCGCAGCUUUGUAUGCCGGUAGUGCUGCUGCCAUACAGCCGCCGGCUCAGUAUGGUGUGACAACAGCAGCUGGAGCUGCAGGCAUGCAGUUGGUACCAUUUACACCACCGCCGCAGCAACAGAAAGUGCCACUCACCCAUAAUGAAUUGCAAAAACUGUACAGUAUGUCACAACCACCUUAUACGGCUCCUGUUUAUGCUGGUGCCCGCCCUAUGGGUUUUAUGCCUCCGCUACAAGCGGCCGCCGGCGCCUACUAUCCUCAAACACCUCCCGUUAUGGUAGCAGGAGCAGCAGGUGUGCCCUAUACAGCUCCUCUUCAGUAUCCAAAUCCCUAUGGUUUUCAAUACAAUGUGCUGCCACAGGCCCCACAACAACAUUAUUAUCCAACUAAUAUGGCCACUGCCGCCUCUUUAAACUCCUCCUCUGUUUCCACUUCCUCCUUGGCAUCUGGUGUUCAAAACCUAAAUAAUCAAUCUAAUCAAUCAUUUAAUGCAACUGAAUUACCCUCAAGCAGCAAUAGCUUUAAUAAUACACAUUCCAAACACUCCAACAUAUCUUCCACUUCUUCAUCGCAAAGUAAUGGCCAAAAUGUAUUUCGACGUCAAACGCCACCAGCUCGUAAACCCAAAACUGCUGGUUCGGAUUUAAUUGAUUUAUCGCAUGAGGAUGAUUCCCGUGUUAGUGUUUUAGAAGCAUUCGAUCCUUUACUAAAUGAAGAUAAUGAUGGUAAGCUUGAAAUCUUUUUUUCUCAAUUUUAUAUUAUUUAUUAG